AUGUCAGACUCCGAUUCAACGAUCACACAAUCGCCCAGACGACUGCGAUGGAACCCGGUUGCAAUUUCGCACGUCAUACUCGAACUGACCAACACAGUUACGGCUCUGGAAGCUAACUACCCAGAGGCGGUUCACGACCACGACUCACAGGCCCUUCGCUGGUAUGAUGACAUAACCUGCUGGGAUUAUAAAGUCGGCCAACUAGCAAAGAAGGUUAAAAAGGCAGCUAAAUGCUACCGGACGUUAUCCGAUAGGGGUAGGCUAUCCAGGGGUGACCCAGAGCUGCGCACUGACCUGGCGGAUGCCUGGGCAAUGCUGGUGAUUCUGUUCACUAAUAGAGCAAACCUCUAUAAUAUGGUAUGUAGAAGAGCUGUGGAGAGGCCGACGGAUGAGGAUUUGAGAGUGUUGAGCACGCUGGAGUUCGUGCCGAAGCCGCAAGAGUUCAAGAUCCAGGAUUAUGAGGUUAUCCUGGCGGCAAUCAGGCUGGUUUGA